AGGACACAUCUCAACCUGCUCUAUACAGAGGAGACUUCUACCUUUUUCAAAAAGAAAAAAUGCUGAACAGGAUUUUGUUUGUUUGCCUGUUUCUGGCUCUGUACAGUGCAGGCUCCUCACUGAGCUGCAGGUGGAUGGAUCAUAAAUUCAGACAGUACAGUGAAAACUCUUUGGAUCUACUAGAUACCAUGGUGAAUAAUUCCACUAACAGCACUGAGGAUGCUGAAGUGGAGGACACUGUGGCCUUCCCUAAUGAUCUGUACAGCCAGGCGUCCAAAGCAUCAGCUGAGGAUAAACUUGGUUUCACAGUGCAGGUUCUGGAGGAGAUGGCCGUCCUGUUUGAGGAGGAUCACAGCGCUGCAUCAUGGGAGGAGAGCACAGUGAAGGACUUUGUCAACAUUGUGACCCAGCAGGCUGACGGCCUUCACUCCUGUACUGGGAGCCACAGCCACAAGAAGAAGAACAAGAAGCUGCACAUGUAUUUCAAGAGACUGUCAGGCCACGUCCUAGAACGAAUGGGCCACAGUGCUGAAUCCUGGGAGCUGAUCAGGAAGAAAAUCAAAACCCAUCUAAUGAGAGCUCACCAGCUGGUUUCAUCUCUGCUCACCACCAACUAACACCUGUCAGACCAAGAAUCUCCUCAUUCAUUUGCUAAGUGAUUGAGCUAUUUAUUUAUUUAUUGCUUAGUUAUGUACUGCCUUGUUUGUUUACUCAUGUAUUUAUUUUUUGGAGUUAACUAAAACAGAUUUAUUUAUUUAUUGAGGUAUUUAUUUAUUCAUUAAUAUAUUUUUUAUUGAGUUGUUUUUCUAUUUAUCAGUUGAUCUGUUGAAUGUUUAUUUUUUAAGUUGAUCAAUGUGCUUAUUUAUUGUUUGAAUGUGUGCUGAGAAAAUUUGAAUUUUUUUUCAUGCUAUAACCAAUAAAAUCUGUUCUUCUACCAGCAAAUAUAAAAAUGUUUUUUGUUUUUAUUCCUGUUGCAUCAACAAAAAGCAUGCAGUAUUUUAUGUAUUUUUUAAACUUAUUUUUUUUAAUCUAUUUUUACAGUUGCUAACAUGCAUUUCUCAAUACUGAGUUCACUUCUUCAAAACUCAUCACACAGUAUGCACAUGCAAGUUCCUCUGCUGCCUCAAAACAACAUUCUGUAACUAUUUCUUCCACACAUAGGCUGUAAAUUCAACUGUAUUUUACUGACAAACAGUAACAUUAACAUAUAGAAAUAACAGAAAAAAAUAAAUGAGAAUUGAUUA